AUGUCAAGCAAUGGCUUCCUCGUCCCGGACUCCUAUGUCUUUCACGCCCCAAACGAUGUCGACAUGAACUGCUCCAGCAUCUUCUGGGGUUUUUCCUUUGCCUUCGUCUUUUUCGCCGCCCUCCGAGCCGCCAUUCAGACCUUGGAAACAUGGAGACGAAAGCGCCAGGUCACAGCGUACCUUGUCAUGAUCUGGGUUGGGUGGGCAAUCCAGCUUCUCACGCAGAUCAUCGUCAACCGUCUCGCACUUCUGAUGCCCAACCCCGCCGCCGUCUCCCGCCUAAGAUGGGCAGUCUUCUUCCUCAUAUUGCUGGUCAAUAUCAGUGUCAUGGUCACUUGGGUCCCCGCCCAGCUUCAGAUCUCACAAAAGUGGAUGCGAAUAAGCGAGAUCUGGGAGAGAUGCGAAAUGGCCAUCUUUUCCAUCAUUGACCUAUCGCUUAACCUGCGCUUCGUCCAACUGGUCCGAAACCGGAUGGUCAGUCACGGGCUCAACAACAAGUACCUCUCCUUGUUCCAGUUCAACUGUGGCAUGAUCCUGGCCUCCGUUUCUCUAGAUAUCGCGCUCAUCGGGCUCAUGUCCUUGCCCAGCAAGCUUGUUUACCUCCAACUCCACUCCCUGGCCUUUUUGGUCAAGCUGUUCAUCGAAAUGAACAUGUCAGAUCUCAUCACCAAGGUUGCUCAAGACCGCAAUCGCAACGGCUCAGACAGAAACAGCCGAACACCACCGGCAGACCGCAUUCUAUCUCUGGCUACAAAGAGUGCACCCGGAAGACUUAGGGCAGCUCAGGUACCCACUGGCAACGGAAGUGUGGUUGAGGUGGGCCCGAAACGACGCUCUUAUCCAGCAGACGGACGCAUCCGUAUCACAGUCGAGACCGCGAUAACUCGCAAGUCGAUUGACAGCGAGGAUGAAACUGCAAGUCAAAGGAGUUUAACAAGGGGGAUGUAA